UCUCAGUACUCAGGACUCUCAUAAUUAGUUAUUGAGUUAAAUGAGUUUUGAGAUUCUCGUCUCUCACUACAGCGGAUUAUUAACAAUAACAAUAACUCGCAGAAUAGUUUGUUUUCCGUGCACUGAACUAUAAACAGAACAAUCGUACAUAUUUUCAUUGUUUGCCCGUACAGCUGCUAUUGGGCUGUAUAUCAGUUUAAACUGUAAAUAUUGAAAAUAGUGUAAAAUAUGUGUACGACUAUACUAAAUACUAAUAAGUCGAUUUUCAUGAUCGAUAUCAUAAUAAUAUUAUAUAAAAUAUAUACGUACCUAGACUGUACGAAUCGUUAUGAUGAAUGAUUUUAGGGAAACCGUUUUAUUUUUUACUGUUUCUGUAACAAGAAACAACAAUGUUGUUUUCGUGCACCUCCCCACACUGACACACUGUUGUAUUUCGUUUGAUAUUUAUUUAUUUUUUAAGUUUUAUUAUCAUACCGAUACCGACUUUAUAGUGAGUGUCGGCUAUAAUAAUUAUAGGGACAUACCGUGUACAAGUAACAAGUACAAUAUUAUGAGUUGUCCUCAUAUGUAUUACUUUGUUCCGACAACGAGUUCAUUAUUCAAAUUAUUUUCGAAAUAUUAUCGAUUUCAACGUACUGUUCUACAUUUCUUUUCUUCUAAUAUAAUACUAUGGGUACUAUUAAAAUUUAUAAAUUAUAAAAUUAUUUUAUUAUUUCAAACAUUCGGGCCGCGACUGCCUUAGGAUGUCUUGUCUUCAAAAAUCCCAAAGUCCCUACAGUCUUCUACCAUAGAGAAUAGAGCACUAAUCAUAAUAGACAAUUUAUUAUAAUUUGUGUUUUUUUGUGUUUAUUGCAUAGAUAAUAUAUAUCUAUAUUGUAUUAUUAUUAUUUAUGGUUUAUUAUUGUUAUUAUUAUUUUGCGCUGUAAGUGAUAAAUGAUAAUCAAUGAUAAGAAAUAAUAAUAUCAAAACAAACAUUUAAAUUUUUAAGAACUAUGGUCUAUACUAUUAAAUAAUCAACGUUUUUUUAGACAGAAACCGAAUACUGGUGCUAGAAAUAAGAGAUAGAUCAUUUUCAAUACAUAUCUACGUUUCGAUGUCCAUACUUGAGGUAGGGCUGUAGAAGGUCAUUUUUAGGUCUUCUAUAGGAAUGUCAAAUUCUGCAGACCGUGACCAAUGGUGUUGUCACUACAACAAUUGCUGUGGAUUUUGGAGAAAGUGAACAGUGUCCUUAGCACAGUUGUCCUGAACUAGUCAUGUCAUUUUUACGUGGAUCCACAAAUUAUGUUUGGUGUACUACAAGUGUGCUUGGAAAAGGUGCAACUGGUGCGGUCUACCAAGGUGUCAAUAAACACAACGGUGAACCAGUGGCUGUCAAAACUUUUAAUCAAUUAAGUCACAUGCGGCCUUUCGAUGUCCAAAUGCGAGAGUUUGAGGUGCUAGAGAAGGUUAAACAUGAAAAUAUAGUAAAACUGUUAGCCAUUGAAGAAGAACACGAAAGUCGUGGAAAAGUCAUUGUUAUGGAACUAUGUACAGGAGGGAGUUUAUUUACAAUACUAGAUGAUCCAGAAAACACAUAUGGCUUACAGGAAGAUGAGUUUCUAUUAGUCUUAGAACAUCUUACAGCCGGCAUGAAACAUUUACGUGACAAUAAUUUGGUACAUAGAGAUUUGAAACCUGGUAAUAUCAUGAAGUUUCUGAGCGAUGAUGGUUUGCCUAUUUAUAAAUUAACUGAUUUUGGAGCUGCAAGGGAAUUACGUGAAGAUCAAGAGUUCAUGUCGUUGUAUGGAACUGAAGAAUAUCUCCAUCCACAUAUGUAUGAGAGGGCUGUUUUACGAAAACCAGUUGCAAAGACAUUUGGAGCUACUGUUGAUUUAUGGUCGAUUGGUGUUACAUUGUACCAUGUAGCUACUGGGAAUUUACCAUUUAGACCAUAUGGUGGGCGACGAAACAAAGAGACUAUGCAUUAUAUAACAACUGAGAAGGCAUCUGGUGUUUUAUCAGGAGUGCAAACAUCUGAAAAAGGUUCAAUAACAUGGAGUAGAGAUUUACCAAAGAACUGUCAAUUAAGUGACGGCUGUAAAAAGCUUAUUACACCGAUUUUAGCCGGUCUCUUAGAAUUAGAAUCUCAACGAAUAUGGAGUUUUGAAAAGUUCUUUGCUGAAGUCACUAAAACAUUAGAUAGAAGGCUUCUACAUAUUUUUCAUACCAAUCGUGUUCAAAAUAUACGUGUAUAUUUGCAUCCUGAUGAAACAUAUGAAAGACUUCAGUGUUUAAUUCAAGAUCAAACUGAAAUAUCUCCUGCUAAUCAAAUACUUUUAUACAAAUCUACAUACCUUCUAACUGAAGUAGGAUUAGAUCUUCCUGGUAGGUCUUAUAAGCCAACUGAAAUGCAUAAACCUAUUUUGCUGUUUAGUAAAGAAAACAAUAACGUUACUUUGGUAGCUGAUGGUGAAGUACCCAAUUUCCCAAAAUUUCCAGAUAUGUCCCUACCAAAACUGACAUCUGUAGACAGUGAUGCAGGACUUGCUAAAACUGCAUGUAGUGUAGGACACGUUUGUAAAAAGCGUGUUGAAAAAUUGUCACAAAACAGUCAACUAAUUAAUAAAUGUGUACAAGUAUUUACAAAAAUUGUAACGGAAAAACUGAAAUCUGUAUUGAGUAAAAGUGACCAUUUACAAAGUGUGUUUAAAUGUACAAAAUAUCUUGUAGAGAUUUCUGUACGAGGACAUAAAAGUGUUAAUAACAUGAUUGGCAUCAAGAAUAUAUCUACUGAAUUGAAAGAUGAGUUAGAAAAAUUAAGUGAUGAGUUAAACAAUAGCUUAAGUUUGGCAAUACAACAGUUACAUCAGCGGUACGUCAAAGAAAGGACAUUAACUAGAGAAUGGCAAUCAGCAACUAGAUCAUUUAAAUGUCCAAAUAAAAAUAGGGCUCCUGCAAGAAUAAAAACGCUAGUGGAAAGAUUAAGAGAUUCAUGGCAACAUUUGCUAAGAGAUCGUGCUACACGUAGUCUUACAUAUAAUGAUGAGCAAUUCCACGUGUUAGAAAUAAUUAAGAUCACAGAGACCAGUCGUAGAGCUCGAACAUUGUUAGAUACAGAUGUUCAGCCUGUAGUCAUGCAGUUGGCUGAUUGUAUGGCAGAUUGGUACAAAAUGGCACAGACUGUCUACCUGCAGGCACAAAUUUUGGACAAGGAUUUUGAUACAUUUGAGCACCGUCUGCUUGGAUUCAUUGAGCGUGCAAAUGACACAGACGCAUCAUUUCAUGAUGGUCUCGUAAAUGUUGCUAAAGUAAAAUUUACAUCCAGCGGUGCUAAACAUGCGGGUCGCAUUAGUGCUCAAGAUAUUCAAGCGUUGAGGGCCAGUUUACGAGGUCUACGUGAUAUUGAUGACCUCGUAUCUGAUAUUAAGGGAAAAAAUGAAAUGCUCAAACAUAUAACUGAGCCUAGUAAAUUAUGCGACUGACUUAAUGUUUUUGAAUACUAGGUAUAUUGUAAAUAACUUAUUUAUACAAUGCUUUCAAAUUUUUAUUAAAAAAUAUUUUUGUAUAAUCCAAUUAAUAAAAUCAUAAUUGAUAAUAUUGAAAA